GGCACACAGCGUUAUUAUGUUGUACAUUUUGUAAAAGAGAACACUGUUGAAGUUGUACCAGAGCAGUGGGUGGAGAAGAGAGAUGGGGUGAGUUGAUCAGUUAAAUGGUUUACCCUUUUCAGGCAAAGAGAUGGAUAAAUAGUUAACGUUAAACAGUGUCUCAUAUCUUGCAGGUCCUGUGUUGCUACUGGCCAAGAAAUGCCAGCGCAACAAUGAUUAAGAGAGGAGACCAGCCUGACAAAAUAUUAUGGGAGAAGUACAGAAUUUCCAUCUUUUCAUCCACUGGUAAAAUAAUAUUUUACUGCAUCCAUCCACUUCCGUUUAUAUUGCAAUGUAUGCUUGGUUGUGUGGCUCUGGAGCAGGUUGCAUCAGUUGAACAUACUCUUAUACGUAAGGCUAGUUCCAACGUAGAAUAUGUUCUAAGCCAGGCGUAAACCUGUGUCACCACCUGGUUGUAAGUAAUAGCUUUUGCUAUGCCAGGGUGUAAAAACUAAGUGUAAUGUUGGGUAGACGUAUAGUAUAAAUCUAUAACUAGUUUCCAAGGUAAGUGUCUCAUGACUAGUCAUGUCGCAUCUUGUUCAAUUUUCUAAAUCAUUAUGUCGGGCGUAGGUAGGCCCAACUUAUCUCUUACACCUUAUUAGCGUCUAACUGGUGCAAACCACUCCUGGUCAGUAGAGUCAGUAACUUCCCCAUCUUAAGUACUAUAUGUAUUUGCUGAAAGUAUAACUAUGUAAAUUACAUAUACUCAAUACCCUUUUUUGCCAGUGUUAAUAGGAAAGUAUUUAUGACUAUGUUUAUUGCACGUUCAGAAAAUUACUCUGUGGCAGAGCAAUGAGCCAAACGGGGGGUUGACACCUCCAAUGUUGAAUCUGACGAGGAACCAGCGAAGAGGGCGGUGACUAAAUCAAUCAGAUUCCGUGUAGAGCCAUCUGGUGAGGAUUUCUUAACUACUCUUAUUCCAUUGUGUGUAUUAUGUGCAUCAGGAAGUAGAUGAAAUAAAUGACUAUGUUUUUAAAUUGUGCUUCGUAAGAUGAUGAUGGAAGUGAAGCACUCCAGAAAAAGACAAAUGAACCCAGACAAGCCCAGCUUACAGUGCCCCAGAUUCCACCAGCCCCUAGUGGUAAGAUCCUGCAUUAGGAUACUAGGUCAUUAAAUGUAUAAUCAGCAAGUUGAUGGUAAAUUUGACACACAUUCAAGUAUGUGGAUGAAGAAAAGCUUACAGUUAAUGCAAGUACUAGUCUUAAAUUGAGACGGCAUGAAAUCAUAACCUAAUGACAGUUGAUAUGACAACAAAUCCAGGAGACGGAGCGGGCAGCGGAGGUGAGUUGGUGGAAGUGAAUAGGCAGAUCCAAUGCUGUCACAGAAGCCACCGACGACCAGGCAAGGGUGGAGUGAAUGUUCCGGGAGAACAACUGUAGACAGAGUAAACGGAGGUAAGGACACGGCAAGCAAAAAGUACAAAACAACAAAACUAACUCUAGUGACUUUGAGGCUGAUACGCUGACACAACAUACUGUUCAUGGCUAACGAUCCGGCAGGGAAUGGAUGUCAGGUCAGAGCUUAUGAAGUGGAGAGGAUGAUCAGGACCAGGUGUGCAGAUAGCUGAUGAGAUGCAGGUGCGGGUAAUAGAGAGAUCUCUCGCGCCUAGCUUCGUCGCCUGGCAACCAGACAGGGUGCGUUCAGGAACCUCAGGAAACAGACUCCAGGACAGAAAACAGGCAACACAGGCAGAAACAGACUCAGGAAGCGGGAUUCAUGACAGUUAGGGUAAACAAUUGAAUUGUAUGAAGUAUUAUAGCUUUACAAACCUUUCAAAGCCACUCAAUAGAAUACAAUUACCAUCACAUUUUUGCAAAUUAGGUUAUUUAAAGUCUUAUUACUACUUUGUACAUACUGUUAGAAUUUUCCAAAUACUUGUGGUGUAUGGGUGAAACUUGUAUUUAAACAGUAGUGAAAUCACCAUAUUCUUAUGGGGUAAAACACAAGUGUGAUGCUAUGUUUGUAAAUAUCUGUAUGUAUUUGCCAUCAAACUAAAAGCAUUAUUUAAAACAAAAAAUUAUGCUUAGCAUUUAUUUUUGUUGGGAUUCAUUAACCUUCCCACUGAGCUCCUGACUGACAACCCUUCACUUGUUCUCUGCCAGUUUCAAAAGCAUGCAAAGUAUGUCUUAAUUUUUUUCCUUCUGUUUUCUCAGUUAGUCCAAGUGGCAGCCAGGAAGAAGCUGGCCAAGACAGAGCAUCAGAAUCAGGUUUCUUUAGCCAUCAAGAUAUGUAUCUCGAAAUCGUAAAUGUAGAAAGUUUAAAUAACAGCAUGAUUUUUUACUUAUAUUUUAGACCAAGAGCUGCCAUCCCUGCUUGAUGAGCCUGUGGCUUCUGAGAUGCCCUCUGGAUACAUUAAAGGUAUAUUAUGUUAGCCUAUAUGUUACAAAAUGUUGCUUCUCUUGUAUUAUCAACAUAAAUUCCAAAUUGUAUGGCUGUCAGCAGCUAUAUGGUUAUCAAUACUACUAAUAUAUAUGAAGGGUGGAUAUUUUGAUCGAGGUAUUGCAUAUGGCCUUGAAAAUGUCCUGCCUGGUAGUCAUGGCUUGUAUCGUCACGCUGCUUGCAGCUAAACUGUUGAGUCUGUAUUAUUUUGCAGAUCUUCAAGCAGUGGAGAUGAGGAUAAUGGUGCAACUGGAGAUGAUCCAUACAGAGUUCAGGAUUUCUCUGAACCAAGUUAUGGAGGCCAUAGAGGCCCGGCAGAAAAAGGAGUCGGAAUCCUUGGGGCAACUUGAAAUGCUGCAAAACCCUGCAGAAACAAAUGGGAACUGAAGGAUAUCUGUGAAACACUUAAAGACUCCCACUGUCGAAAGAAAAUGGUAGGGAUGAAAUCUACAUCAAUUAUUUUAACAGCAAUUGACAAAAAUAUGUUAGCUGUUUAUCAAGAGCCCCUUGAAUGCGUCCAGAGUUGAGACAAGAUUGCAACCUGCAAUAUUAUUGAAUCCAAAUAUCUUAAUGUCAACGAAAUGCAGUUGUCAUAUAUGCCAUAUGCCUAUUUAGUGUUUGGAUUGAUUUCCCAAUUAACACUUAACUUAUCUUAAGAAGAAACGAUCAGCCCUCUGCCUGUUUAUACAAGUUUUAGCCCAUGAUUACAUGAUACACUACAAAAAUGAUUUCUCAUCAAUCAGAACUGUAUGGCCAGCUGUUUUAGCUGAGGAACACACAAAUGAGUGGGAUUUUUUUUUUUUUAUCAGAUCCGAUAUCUGACCCUCUGCUGUGGCCUGGACCUGGGCUCAGGAAUCAGACGAAUGAUGAGAAAAAUUUGA